CACUCUCUGGACUCGAUCUGAACUGUACUAAAUACCAUCACCGCUACUCGGACGGGGAGUGAAAAAUAAAAGUGGGUUGCAUUUUACAGUUCCAUUAGGAGCUAGCUUUCAGUCCGAAGCGAGCCAUGGCGGAGCUCAGGCACUCGAGUUCGCUCGGGACUCGAGCUUCCAACUCUCCAAUGAAACGAGAUGAAGACGCAUCUCCUCUAAUACACGAAAAUGUUACCGAUAACGACCAUCACCACCACGCUCGCCAUCACUUAACCAGAGAUCGUGACCGUCCGUUUUGGUCCAAUCUACCAUUCUUCGGUGACGAUCUUAGGGUUUCUCCUUACAAUUCUAGGAUCUCGUUAUUUUUGCUUGGUAUUAUAGUUCUCGCUGCAGUAAUCUCGGUUUUCUCGAUCUUCCACCAGUUGAAUGCUCCCUACUUGUGUAAAAAAGAUGGAAUUGUACUUCAUUGUCCAUAUGUUAAGGAACCUGCUUCACUCUGGGAGAAUCCAUAUUCUGCAACCACCUCUUGGAAACCUUGUGCUGAACGCCGCAGUGGUGGAAUAUCAGAUGUUCCACCAGAGAAUGAAACAACUGGUUACAUAUUUAUCCAUGCUGAGGGUGGUUUGAAUCAGCAAAGAAUUGCUAUAUGCAAUGCAGUGGCAGUGGCCAAAAUAAUGAAUGCCACCCUUAUUUUGCCGGUGCUGAAGCAGGACCAGAUUUGGAAAGACCAAACGAAAUUUAAAGAUAUUUUUGAUGUCGACCAUUUCAUUGACUAUUUGAAGGAUGAUGUGCGAAUUGUUCGAGACAUACCUGAGUGGUUCACUGACAAAUCAGAAUUGUUCUCAAGCAUAAGACGAACAGUGAAAAAUAUUCCAAAGUAUGCACCUGCCCAAUUCUAUAUUGAUAAUGUUCUACCUCGAAUCAAGGAGAAGAAGAUUAUGGCCCUAAAGCCUUUUGUUGAUCGGCUUGGGUAUGAUAAUGUUCCUCCAGAAAUCAACAGGCUUAGGUGCAGGGUGAAUUAUCAUGCUCUGAAAUUUCUUCCAGAGAUAGAGCAGAUGGCUGAUUUGCUGGUAUCAAGGAUGAGGAACCGUACAGAAAGUUCAAAUCCUUUUAUGGCUCUUCAUCUUCGAUUUGAGAAAGGGAUGGUGGGUCUAUCAUUCUGUGAUUUUGUGGGAACAAGAGAGGAGAAAGCUAGAAUGGCUGAAUACAGAAAGAAAGAAUGGCCUAGACGGUAUAAGAAUGGUUCCCAUCUAUGGCAACUGGCAUUGCAAAAGCGGAAGGAAGGACGGUGCCCUCUUGAACCUGGGGAGGUCGCAGUUAUUCUUCGAGCAAUGGGUUAUCCUAAGGAAACUCAGAUUUAUGUAGCUUCUGGCCAAGUUUAUGGCGGACAAAAUCGGAUGGCUCCAUUGAGGAACAUGUUUCCAAAUCUGGUAACAAAGGAGGAGCUAGCUACCAAGGAAGAGCUGGAUGGUUUCAGGAAGCAUGUAACGAGCUUGGCAGCCCUGGACUUCUUGGUUUGCCUCAAGUCUGAUGUUUUUGUAAUGACGCAUGGAGGCAACUUUGCUAAAUUGAUAAUCGGGGCACGUAGGUACAUGGGUCACCGUCACAAAUCCAUAAAACCAGACAAGGGGCUAAUGUCUAAAUCUUUUGGAGACCCUUACAUGGGAUGGGCCACUUUUGUAGAAGAUGUGAUUGUUACCCACCAAACACGAACUGGGUUACCUGAAGAGACAUUCCCUCACUAUGACCUUUGGGAAAACCCUCUGACUCCUUGCAUGUGUAAAGCUUGAACACAUGGAUUUCUAGCUAGAAGUUUUCACUAAUUUAUUUCAAGGAUCGUGUCUAUAUAGAAGCUACAUUUCAUUGUUUGAGAAACUAAUUCUUGUACUUAGAAGAAAGAAAUUCAGAGUUGGAGAGGAAGGUUGUCUUGUAACCAUUUGUAUUAGCAUUCUCUUUGCUGUGACUGGAGUUGAGCAGUUUUGUCUCCAAAACAAUAGAUAAAGUAAAGCUGUUGCAUUAGACAAUUUGAUCA